GGGUAUUUCUAGCCCGGUGGCGUGAUCGCCAGAUAGCUGUGAAAGAGUUAUAUCCAACAAAAAAUCCCUCAGCAUCAAAGAGAGAAAUUAACCAGCUAUAUCGAAUCCGUCAUAAAAAUAUUGUCAAAUUAUAUGGCGUAUCAGAAUAUAACAGCAAAACUUAUUUACUAUUGGAGUUUAUGGAGGGCGGAUCAAUGCACGAUUUCUUAUAUGGACCCAGAGAGUCAUAUCAAUAUCCGACUGCCCGAGAUUGGGCCAAUCAAAUUGCAAAAGGUCUCGCCUAUCUACACGAUCCGAGUGUUGGUCCAAUUAUACACCGCGAUAUAAAACCUCACAACAUUUUGCUUUCAAAAGAACGUUUAAUCGUCAAAAUUGGUGACUUUGGGAAUGCAAAACCUCUCGAUAAUGCAAUGACGUGUGAAAGUGGAACAGUUAUGUACAUGGCUCCAGAGGUAUACGACAGCCGCAAUUAUACAGAAAAGUGCGAUGUAUAUAGUUUUGGAAUCACUGUGUGGGAGAUGUUGGCAAUGCAACAGCCAUUAAACUGGUAUAAAAAAAAUUUCCCUCUACAAUUGAGUGUCUCCAGAGGUGAACGUCCUUCUUUCGGAGGCCCAAUGAAAAAUUGCCCCAAAUCUAUGAAAGAAUUGAUAGAGAGCUGCUGGGAUCAAAAACCUUCCAACCGUCCAUCGAUGAAAAGUGUAAUAAAAGAAUUAAACGACAUGAUUGAUUCCUCAGGAGAACAUUAACAAAAAGAGGAAUAGUUUUACUUCUUAACGAUUUUUUGAAAAUCUUAAAAAUUUGUGUAAUACUUCAAAAGUUUUUGUAUGCAUAUUUGUACACUGAUUUUAAAUCAGAAAAUUGAUAUAUCUGUUUAUCGAUAAUUCCUUAAAUUUUUCCAUAAAGUGAAUUAGUCACAGUUUAAGUUUGUAGCCCUCGUAUUUGUAAACCACGCCACAAUUUAGCGGCCGGAUAAACUUUAAAUUUGAUUUCACAAUAGUUUUGAAAAUGUUGGUGAAAAUAUUAAUUUUUUGCAUAUCAUAUGGAAUUAUCAUUUGUGAAACGAAUGGUGAACCAGAACCCUAUAUAGACAAUAUCCGAGAUGAUUACUGCAUGGAUUAUUGUGACAAGGAGUGUAAUCCCACCGAGAAUGAAGUCACAUGCACCAAGAUUGGAAACACCAUAAUCACCGACAAAUAUAAGAUCCAACUUUCAGAUAAAUCUAUAACAUUAACUUGGAAAUUAACACCAGUGAAUCUGACAUAUAUCAAGCCACUUAACCUAUCCCAUAACAAAUACAAAGCGUCGAUACUUCUAAUCUUAAGCAAGAGAGAAGUAAUAUAUCCUCGAUCCACUGACUAUAUGAGAGCUCUUAAUAUAAAUAAAGUUGAUCAUUAUGGUGAGAAGACUUCAACAACUUCAAUACAUGAAUAUGAUAUUGAUAUUAUCAACGGACCGUCCAAUGCGAUUAUAAUGGGACAAGAAGAGGGACGUCAUUUAGAAUUUCGCAAUACUUACAUAUCAUUGCAUAUGCCUAAUUUAAAGGGGAUGUUCUUUUUGGGCCCAGGAGCAUUUCGGUUUCAUGACAAUACAUUUGAAAAUAAUACACAGUUGGAAUCCAUUUCGUUUAGUGGAUUAACAUUAGAAAAUCUAAAUGCCAUUACCUUUGAAAACUUGACGAAGAUAAGAGAUAUGCAAUUUUGGGCUAUUACUUGGGAUAACCAGGAAUUUCUAAGUUCCAUGGCUCUACAAAAUAACCUGGAAUUUAUCAUGUUUUCUGUACAUGAUAAAAUUAGCUUGAAAUAUUUUGAAAACUAUCGAAAGCUAAAGAAAAUCUUAAUAGAUCCUGAAACCAUAUUGUACUAUUUCAAACACAUGAUCCGCACCAAUAUUACUGCCUAUCUCUGUGAAUAUAAGGCCGAAACACUUGAAACGCUAUAUUGUCAUUUUAACAUCGGAAUAAAUGGCAAACGUUGUCCCGAGAAAUGCGACUGUAAGGUGGACAAUGACGCACAGACUGUAACUAUUAAUUGCAGCGAACAGGGAUUAUUUGAUGUACCGGAAUUGCCUGUACCAAUAUCAGGCAAAACAAAUUUAUAUUUCCAGGGCAAUGCGUUAAGGAAAUUGCCCAACAAAUAUUUUGAAGGAUACGAUAAUAUACGUCGUCUUCAUGUGUCGUAUAACGAUCUAACAGACUUAACAAUCGAGCAACUGCCAAAAAAUCUCUCACUACUGGAUAUACAAAAUACAAAUAUAACUUCUGUCGAUCCGAAUCUGAUAGAAUAUCUAGAAAGCCGAAAUACCACUUUUUUACAGUCUGGUGUAAAUUGGAUAAUCAAUUGCAAGAAUGAGAAACUAUUAAAUUACCUGUCUAAUCUAAGUAAAACAGAUGGUAUAUGUAAUCAUGCAGAAUACUAUCAUUUAAAAGGGCCCUGUCCAAAGACAUGUAACUGCUGUAUUGAUGAUACCACAGAAUCUCAAUUUGUAAUCAAUUGCACAAGCAGGACUAUAAAUACAUUUCCCUAUCUACCAAAUAAUAUAAUUGGAAACUCAUCACUUUUGCUUGACAAUAACAAUGUCGAAACUCUUCCGAAGCUGCGAAACUCCACUCUGGCGAGACUUAGCCUGAAGAACAACAAUCUCUCUAGUCUUCACAUCGAUCAGCUGCCAUCGAAUAUCACAAUGCUGGACAUUCGACACAAUAAUUUGACGAACCUUGAUGAUCACGUAACCCAAUUUAUAUCUAAUCUACCAGAGUUGCAUUUAUCCGGUAAUCCUUGGCAAUGCAGUUGUAGGUACACCAUGUUCCUUAACUAUCUUAGAAAAGAGAAACCCGAAGAAUAUAAAACAGCAUUAAGACAUUGCAGUGGUCAAGAAUAUUGUCCUGAUCUGUGCACUUGCUGUAAAGACGAAGAGAGCCAAAAUUUAAUAAUCAAUUGUACUGAUAGGGGACUAAGUGAGAUACCAUCAAUACCCACAAGCGAUAAUGUCGUCCUGCUGUUCGAAAAAAAUGUCAUCACUCACCUGAAAGAUCCAAUCAAUGUCAAGGGCUUUGAUCAACUGAAAGAACUUCAUCUUAAAGGCAACUCCACACAAGAGUUUGACUCCGUUUUACCUAACAUAGAAUUACUAGAUAUAAGAGAUAAUGAUUUAACCAAAGUUACAGAAAAUAUUAGUCAAUCCUUAAUCAGCCUAUCCAAAAAAUCAAACCUAUCGUUAUUUUUAUCGGGUAACCCAUGGACUUGCGAUUGCAGUUUCAUACGAUUAACGAAGGCACUUGCUGGUAAUAUCAAGGACCUCCAUCUAACCAAAUGCAACGGUCACAAUUUGCUUGACCAGAUGGGAGAGAACUACCAACAUUCAGACUGCAAUGAAACAAACUUGGAUUAAUUUGUAAUAUAUACUAUAGAUAUUCCCGAAACUGUAUUUCAUACCAAGUCCCUAGUUAAAAAAAAAACAUGUUAUUGCUUCAAGGAAGCAAUUUUGUUGCACCUAAUGACUAAUGAAUAACUUGGACAAUAAUAUUUAAUAAUAAAAAUUUAAUACUUUAUUUUAUAAA